CUCGUAGGCAGGAGGCUAUACUUCUUGAUGUAGUCAACUGGGUUCAAUUCCCAACCUUGGGAGCUUUGCAGUAUAUCUUUCUCUAAUCUCUUUCUUAGAGUUUCUAGUCUUAUCUAUGUCGAUAAAUGCUAAUCUUGCUAAUCUCCAUACACAAGAUGAGACACCAUCUUGUGGAGAAGAUGGUAUCUUGUGGAUGGGCUUGAGCCCAUUUGGUUCCGUCUUUGGCAAAGCCAAGUCUGAAGCAUCAACUCUGAGCCAUUGGCGAGUUUAUCCUCUGAUGGCUCCCUUCCCCCCAGCAGUCACUCUUCCACCAGCUCAUCCUGCAGCCUGUGACUCUUAAUCCCCUCGUGGGGCAGGCAGUAAAGAAAAGAGGGACGGGAGAGAGGGAGAAAGAGAAAAAGAGCAGCAGAGAGGGACAGUGUAUGAGACAGGAAGGUCAACGCUUUGGUGUGGUUUUCUGUAUGUUAUGGUAUGCAGGAGAAUGAGGACUCCCUGGAGGACUGGGCUGAGAACCUGACGGAGCUGAGCACCAUGAAGACGGAUCUGUCCCAGUACAUCAUCGCUGAUGAUGUCCUGCUGCUGCAGGAGCAGGUGGAGCAGCUGCACAGCCAGUGGGAGGAACUCUGUUUCAAGGUGUUCCUGCGCAAACAGGAGAUUGCUGACCGUCUCAAUGCGUGGAUAAUCUUCAAUGAGAAGAACAAAGAGCUGUGUGAGUGGCUCACACAGAUGGAGAACAAGGCGGCUCACAACUCUGACCUUAACAUUGAAGUGGAAAAACUAAAGAAGGAUUGUAUGGAGGAGAUCAACCUGUUCAGUGAAAAUAAGACACACCUGAAGCAGCUUGGAGAACAGCUUAUCACAGCUAGCAACAAGGCCAAGGAGACAGAGAGCAACGAUAAGCUGAAGGAUGUCAACGACCGCUGGCAGCAUCUGUUUGAACACAUAGAGGCUAGGUAG